AUGUGGCGGCUCUUGUACCUCUUCUUGCUUUUUGUUCGCGUCUAUUUUGCGUUGUGUCCCAGUUACCUUCAUCCCGAUGAAAUCUUUCAAGGCCCCGAACCUAUCGCGGGAUAUCUGUUCCCUUAUCCUAACCAUCGCACCUGGGAAUGGACAUCCUCCCACCCCAUUCGCAGUGUCUUCCCUUUGUGGCCGAUCUAUGGCUUGCCGAUGACUUUGCUGAAAUGGAUAUGGGCGCAAGAUGAAGAUGGCCUCGUCGAUCCCUCCACCAUAUACUAUACUCUCCGCCUUGUCAUGUUUGUGCUCAGUUUUGUCCUUGAAGAUUGGGCCAUUCAUGAUUUGGUUCAUUCUCCUCGACAGCGCCGAUCAGCCAUCAUAUUGGUGACUUCUUCAUAUGUUACAUGGACUUUUCAAACACAUACCUUCUCGAAUUCUGUCGAAACAAUUCUCGUAUUAUGGAGCCUGGUGGUGAUAGAGCGAAUCGUGGGUGAAAAUGCAAGUGCUUGCCACAGAAAUAGCAUAUUUGUCAGUUCGCUGACUUUCCAGCAGAAACGAACCGCCAUCGCCUCCAGCUUCGUUUUAGGAUUUCUUCUUGUUUUGGGAACUUUCAAUCGAAUCACUUUUCCCGCAUUCGUCGUGAUACCCGGCAUUCAAUUGUUGCCACACUUUUUGAAUAGACCCUUUUGUUUUCUUGCCAUCACCCUUUCCGGAAUUUUCUGGACCCUAAUCGCUGUCAUUAUUGAUACGGCUUACUACUCUGGCCCUGCAGCGACACGGUCAUUUGGAGCCUUAUACUACCAUGUCCGCAAUGCCCCCGUAAUCACACCGCUCAACAAUCUGUUGUACAACACCCAGACCAGUAAUCUUGCCGAACACGGUCUGCAUCCGCACCAUCAACACCUCCUAAUCAACUUACCACAGCUUCUUGGGCCCGCACUGAUCCUUCUCAUGUCUUCGGCCUACCCCUUUAACCUUGGCGUCAUCAAGACCAUGUUCAGCAAUGCCAGGCUCGCCUCUGCCGCCGCGGGAACUCUUCUUCUCAGCAUCAUCCCGCAUCAAGAACCGCGCUUCUUACUUCCCACCGUUCCUCUUCUACUCACCUGCAUCCGAUUCCCUUCUUCCGAUGUUUUGUACAACACUUUCUGGGCUUGUUGGGCCAUCUUCAACAUCGUCCUGGCCACCAUCAUGGGCAUCUACCACCAAGGCGGUAUCAUCCCGGCCCAACUCGCCAUUCCAUCCCUGAUUACCCAAUCCAUCAACAUCACACACUCAGAUGCCCACAAUAUCGAGGUCUUCUGGUGGAAAACCUACCCGCCACCUAACUUCCUCCUGGGCACCGAACCUGUCCACCCGGCGACCAACCGCUCCCUCAACAUCGCCACCGUCCCCCUCAAGGGCUAUCCGCAGAGUGAACUUGUCUUCAUGCUCAUGCAACACAUGCCGACCUGCGACCCGUCGCUCAUCGAGCGACUAGUCUUGCACAAAGAGAAGACAGACGUGUUCGUUGUGGCGCCGCUCGCGGCAUGGCGUCUCAAAGCCAUGGACCAAUUAGCCCCAGUUUCCAACUUCAGCUUUUCGAUCGGAUUCAACAUGCCGCCUGUCACCCUGACUAUGACGAACCUGGCAACAUUCAGGAGACAUGUCAAUCUCGACGACAUGGAUUUUGGGGACGAUGGUGUUUUCGAGACCUUGAAUCGUGUUGUUGGUCGAAGGGGCCUGGGUGUUUGGAAGGUUGAUCUCGUUUGUGAGCCUGUUGAAAUUGUAGACCGGCAUGGAAAUGAGAAACAGAAUCACGAGGAAGCUUCUCAAGGUUCAACGUCGAAAUUAGAACCUGAGUCGACAUGUCAGUCGGACGCUAUAUCUACGUCAACCUCUACUUUAAACCCACGAGGUACAACUUCAUUGACGCGUAUCGCGAACAAGAGAGAAGAAUUAUAG